AUGAUGAAUUUGUGCGGCUGGCUGAAGACAUUUAAACGCAAGGGCAAAAAUGCGAUCGGUGCGAGCGGGACCGCAGAUGAAGAUGUGGCCGAAACGGUGCCAACCGGGGAAAGCGAAAGCGGCGAACGGUCAACGAGUGGGAAACGUGCUAACGGGGGCCGCACCAUCGGGGGCUGGGGAAGGAAAAUUAAAAGUGUCACUAAAUUGGCGACUGGUGAGCGAAUUAGCGGCCAGCGGGAAGGCACAGCGAACGCGAAGGAAACCCAUUCGGGCGCGAAUGAUACCGCCGAGGAUGCUGUGCUCGAAUGUGCUGAUGAAGGCAACCCGCGGAACAAAACCGCACUGAAGCCGGGUCACUCGUUGAUGGACUGGAUCCGGCUGGGCAACUCGGGCACCGAUCUGUCCGGCACCGGGGGUCGCGUAGUGCCGGUCACCCAUGCCGAACUCGCCAAGCACGACCGGUCCGAGGACGCCUGGAUGGCCAUCCGGGGGAAGGUGUACAACGUGACGCGAUACAUGAACUUUCAUCCCGGAGGUUCCGAUGAGCUGAUGCGAGGAGCCGGCAAGGAUGCGACGAGACUGUUCGAGGAGGUGCACGCCUGGGUUAACUACGAAUCCCUGCUGGCGAAGUGCUACAUCGGUCCGCUCCGCAAUACGGUUACCAUCAAUCUUGCCGACAGCACUAAUCCCAACAGUAAGCUCCCACCGCCCCCUCCGUCGUGGACCGCAAAGGCUUCCAAAUCAGGCCCAUCCUCGAGCGUGACAACCACCAACUCCUCGCCCACACCGUCGGUCAAGGAUACCCUCGAUACGGCCCCAAUAUCACCGCCACCCCUGUCGAUCGUCAGCUCGGCCAGUGACGAUUCGCUUAAGCUGUCCGUACCGAUCGUGCCACGAUUCGACUGGAUACAGAAAACGUCCGAACUGACGCUUAUCUUCUACACCCGUUCGCUUGCCAAUCCGGGCGUGAUGGUCGAGUGUGUGGACCAUCUCGAGGUGACAGUUAACAUUCUGGUCGAAUCAAGCGUCCAGCAUCGGUACCGGUUCCAUCUGGCCAACAACGUACGGUGGCCAUGCACCGCCCGCACAUCGCUCGAGUCGGGCAAAAUAGAGCUGAUGUUCAACAAGCUGUGUCCCGCGCUGUGGACCAACUACGGCCAGAUGACGUACGAGCGGCGGGAGAACUGUGAGCUGCAACUGCACGAGUACGAUGUGGCAACGCGAAUCGAAAUUACGCACGAUUCGUGCGCAUUGCUGUUGCGUCCGAAGAACAACAGCCUGCUGCAGGUGACACCGGUCGGCUACCACGUGACCGUUUCCGCCUCUAUCGAGGGCGAGUACGUGUCGCGAAGUUACACACCCGUGCCGGCCAGCUGCGCGGGUACGGACUGUCCGGAAACGUUCAUACCGCUGCUGGUUAAAUCGUACCCGGACGGGUGUUUAUCCAAACAUCUUACACGGCCGGUACCGCUCGGCACGUCGCUGCAGGUGUCCCAGCCGAGUGGAAACUUCCUGCUGAGCAAACUGCGACAUCACAAUCGAUUUGCGCUGCUGGCUGCCGGCAGUGGACUGACUCCAAUGCUCGCCUUACUGCACUAUCUGCUCGAACGGAACAGCAAUCGGAUAGAACACAUCUGUCUGCUGUACUUCAACAAAACCGAAGCGGAUAUCUGGUGCCGAGAGAUGCUGGAAAAUUUAUGCAAAAAGGACAAAAGAUUCACGCUGAGACAUUACCUAUCGGAGGUGGAACUUCCGGACAGCGAUGGUACGACGAGUGACGAAAAUCGUUCGACCUUCGUCCAUGGACGCGUGACACCGGACAUCAUACGUCAGCUGACGACAAAGGAUUCACCCCUGUACGCCACCUACCGCUGCCUGUGCGGACCGAAACCGUUCAACGAGCUGUGCCAGCAGUACUUCCAACAGCUCGGUGACGAUAAUCCGAAGCAUCUGCACUGUUUUCAGGGUUAG